UUUAUGAAUUCACCGCAAUAAAAGUCCCCACUUUACACAGUCGCUUUUUGUAGCAAGAACGUUAUUAAAAAUCAGUUUUACGAAUUUUAUUAUUCAGUACGUCGAUUGAAGUUUCGAUUUGAAGGUGGAUCAAACUUCAAAGCUCAAGCAGAAUGAAUGCUAAAGUGAUUUUACUUUGCCUAAUGGCUGUUGUGGCCACAAACGCAUACAGUUCCGGGGCUCCCGAAGGAGCAUGCUUCGACAUGAUACCACAGCAUCACGUCGAUCCACAAUCAACAGUUGCACCAUACACAGUGUCCUUAUCGAAAAAUAAAAUUAGAACUGGGGAUAAGGUUGACGUUACGAUACAGGGCAUGAAGCGAUCCGACACAAUCAAAGGAUUUAUGGUUCAAGCUCGAGUGGGAGAAUCACCAGUUGGUAGAUGGUUGGUUGAUAAAAAUCAUUCCUAUGGUCAAACAUUGGAUUGUGGAAAAGGAUCUGGUAAUGCUAUUACGCAUAAAAAAAUCAAUGGUGACGGAGUCGAAAAACUAACGUUCACAUGGCAAGCACCAGAAAAAUUGACAGAAAAAGUACACUUCCGGGCAACAAUAGCAUUAAAUGGUGGUGUAUUUUGGGUCGGAGUCGUAUCGGAUUAUCUUUCGGUAGAUUAGUGACAGCUGAUAAACAUUCCAGAUUCGCUUAGCAGUAAUUUACAUUUUUUAAUUUCUUUCCUCGCUCUUUUUGUUUAAAUCACAG